AUGAUCAGAGCUGUAUGUACUACGGCGAAGGACCGCUCUAUUAACUGGCACUGCGGAACCAAAACAGAGACCUGGUUGAGACUGAAGGGGGGACACUUUGUUGACCGGCACCAAGAGAAGCUGAUCCAGCGAGUCUCAGAAGUGGACAGAGUCCUGAAGCUACUUCGGGGGCACACACUAACCCCUGAACAAUACCAGAGCAUCAGCACCGGGAGAUCCAAUGUGGAGAAAAUGCAGAAGCUGUAUGAGCUGGUGCCGAGCUGGCAGAGGGAUCAAAAGGACUGGCUCUACCGGGUACUGUGGAUAACAAACAGAGCCCUUGCUGAUGAGUGCGCAGGUGCCAGUACCCCAGCACAGGAGCUGUCCACCAGCACCAGCCCUGGAGCUACACGUGAGUUAUAAAUCAGCCAGCGGGAUUAACCCUUAGUGAACCACACUGGGGCUGUGCAGGGGAGGAGGCUGCACCAUGCACAUGGACAGUGGGGUCAGCACAUCCCCCUGCUUGUCGGGAAGGGAGGGUGAGUCGAGGCACAGUUUGUCCAGGAGCUCCCCCUGGGCAGGGCAGCUUUGCCCCACCCCAGCUCAGGGCUCUGGCUAAACAGCCCUAGGUAGAAGCUGAAGGAGCCUUGCAACCAAACCCAGUGUUUCAGUGGGUGUUUUUAU